AUGGGGACCCACAAGCAGGCGACAAGCCCAUCGAUCCUGGUGGAAAAAAAUGAUGAAUCACGUGAGGAAGACACUCCUGGUUUGGACUCGGUGUGGAGGGAUAGUGGAAGGUCUUGGACUUCUCUAUUUGAGGUCAAACCGAGUGGAAAGUUCUCACUCUCCCCAGUUCACAAUAUCUCAAAUGCAGAAAAGGGGAGAUUUUCCAUUGAAAUCCUAGACACUGUUAUUGACCAUAACAUUAACCUUAUGGCAAUGACAUUGGUAGGAAAAUUUCUGGGGCCUAGGCCGAAUAUUGAUAUUGUUAGGGCUUUUGCUAAAUGUAAAUGGUCGUUUAAAGGGCAAGUGGAGAUUACAACUAUGCCAAAAGGGGCUUUGACUUUAGCAUUCUCAUGCAAGGGAGAUAUGUCAAGGGUGCUUUGUGAUGGUCCAUGGUUGACUGGUAAAGCUAUGCUAGCUCUACAAAAAUGGGCACCUAAGAUGGCACUCGAUGAAUCCUUUUUUAUCCAGGCAUCGUUCUGGGUUAGAUUGUCAGGGCUUCCCUUAGAAUUCUAG